AUGAUAUCUUCAAGUUGUUGGGUACCAAGAGGGUUUGCCUCUGAAUUUCCGGAAAAAUAUGAGUUGAAUGAUGAAGAAAUGGAAAGGAUUACUGCAAUGGCCAACCUUGAAUUAAACGAUGCUAAAGAAGGAUUAGAGGAGGCUCAAGAGCAAGAAACUGAGGGAAAGAAGUCCACCCAAUUGAGAGACCAGAUUGAAUUAGAUGAUGAUUUAAAAGAAUACGAUUUGGAAAACUAUGAUAAUGAAGACGAUGGAACUGGAGGUGAGAAUAUAACAAUGUUUCCAGGGUUAUCGAAUAGUGAUGCUAAAUAUCAUCAAGGUGAAGAAGGUGAAAACGAUGCAUACUUAAGUUUGCCAACUGAUGUUGAUCUCCAAGAAGAAAAAAAAGAAUCCCAAAUAUAUCCUACUGAUAACUUAGUUUUGGCUACAAGAACUGAGGACGACAUUUCAUAUCUUGAUGUUUAUGUCUACGAUGACGGUGCAGGUGCGCCUGAAGGAUCCAAAGAAGAGGAAGAGGAUAAGUUUGAUGCAGAUGUAGCAAAGGGCUUAGUUAGAGAUUCCAACUUAUAUGUCCAUCACGAUAUAAUGUUACCUUCAUUUCCAUUAUGUGUUGAAUGGAUCAACUAUAAACCAGGUCAAACUGAUCUCGCAGAAAACGAUAGUAAUGUUGGUAACUUCGCUGCCGUCGGUACCUUUGACCCUCAAAUUGAAAUUUGGAACUUGGAUUACAUAGAUAAGGCAUUUCCAGAUUUAAUUUUAGGUGAACCACCACAGCAGAACUCGUUCACGGCUUUAUCUAAAAAGAAUAAGAAGAAGAAGAAGUCAAAAACCCAUGUUACUACUCAUCACACUGAUGCUGUUUUGUCAUUAGCACAUAAUAGAACUCAUAGAAAUGUAUUAGCAUCCACUUCGGCCGACCACACUGUUAAAUUGUGGGAUUUAAAUACCGGUACAGCUGUCAGAUCAUUGAACAAUAUACACGCUAACAAAACCGUCUCUUCAUCUCAAUGGCACUCGCAAGAGGCUUCUAUCUUAUUGACUGGUGGGUACGAUGGUACUUGUGGUGUGACUGAUGUUAGAAUUUCAGAUGAAUCGCAAAUGACUAAGAAUUAUAAGGUGGCUAAUGGGGAAGAAGUUGAAAAUGUUAGAUGGGGACAUUCGCCAGAGAUUUUCUAUGCUGGUACUGAUAACGGUAAUAUUUACUGCUUUGAUGUUAGAAUCGUUGAUAAACCAUUAUGGACUUUGCAUGCCCAUGAUGCAGGAAUUUCAUCUUUGGAUGUUAAUAGUCAUGUUCCUGGAAUGUUAGUAACGUCUGCUAUGGGUGAAAAAGUUGUAAAGCUUUGGAAAUGUCCAACAGAAGGUAACAAGGGUCCUUCGAUGGUUUUAUCGCGUGAUUUUGGUGUUGGUAAUGUUUUGACAUCAUCAUUUGCUGAUGAUAUUGAAGUCGCAGGUAAUUUGACAAUUGGUGGUGUCAGUGGUGCAUUAAAGAUGAUGGAUACAUUUUCGAAUAGAUCGGUCCGUAAUUCAUUCCGUGAUGAAUUAAAGCAGUUGCAAGUUCAAGCUAAAGCAUCUGCAAAGGAGCAAGGCAGAGCUUCAAGACUUGCUAGAAAAUAUCAGAAUGAUUCUUACAAAGAAAACGUUAUGACUGUUGAAGCUGGUGACUCAGAUGACUCUGAUUCUGAUGGUGCUGAUGGUGCUCAUGAAAUGGAAGAAGAUGAAGAUUGA